GAAGUUUACUGACCGGGCUCAAAAUGCCCUGGUUGAUGCCCAAGACCUGGCGAAGGAAUACGCCCACACACAACUCCAGCCUCUUCAUCUGGCCGUUUCACUCAUCGGCACUCAGUCAGAGCCGACGCUGUUAUGGCAGGUGGUGGAGAAAGCCAAUGGAGAUCCACAAGCCUUCGAGCGAGCACUAAAGAGAGCCCUUGUUCGGCAACCCUCUCAAGAUCCCCCUCCAGACACCACGUCGAUAUCGCCUGGCUUUGCGAAAGUCCUGCGAUCCGCCAAUGACCUCUCGAGAACGCAAAAGGACAGCUUCGUCGCUGUCGACCAUCUCAUCCAGAGUAUGGUGCAAGACGCCAGCAUCCAGCGAUGCCUUGCAGAUGCGAACGUGCCGAAAACCGGCCUCAUCGACGCUGCUAUUCAGCAAAUCCGAGGCACGCGAAGGAUUGACUCAAAGACUGCCGAUGAGGCAGAUUCUAGCGAGGGGGAAGAGAACCUGAAGAAGUUCACCAUCGAUAUGACCCACUCGGCACGAGAAGGCAAGAUUGAUCCGGUCAUCGGUCGAGAAGAGGAGAUCAGGCGAGUCAUCCGGAUAUUGUCACGAAGAACGAAGAACAAUCCCGUCCUUAUUGGUGAACCGGGCGUGGGAAAAACAACAGUCGUGGAAGGCCUGGCUCUCCGGAUCGACAAGAAAGAUGUUCCAGCAAACUUGGCGAACUGCAGACUGCUCUCAUUGGACGUCGGUGCCUUGGUUGCUGGCAGCAAAUACCGUGGAGAGUUCGAGGAGCGGAUGAAGGGUGUUUUGAAGGAGAUUGAAGAGUCAAAGGACGUCAUUGUUCUCUUCGUGGACGAAAUUCACCUCCUCAUGGGUGCCGGUUCGAGCGGAGAGGGCGGCAUGGACGCAGCCAACCUGCUCAAGCCCAUGCUGGCUCGUGGUCAACUUCACUGCAUCGGCGCCACUACCCUUGGCGAAUAUCGAAAAUACAUCGAAAAAGACGCGGCCUUCGAACGACGUUUCCAACAAGUUAUGGUCAAAGAACCUACCAUUCCCGAGACGGUCUCCAUUCUGCGUGGGUUAAAAGAGAGGUAUGAGAACCACCACGGUGUCACUAUCCUGGAUGGUGCCAUUGUCUCAGCGGCUACAUUAGCAGCUCGAUACCUCACCCAACGACGACUCCCGGACUCUGCCGUGGAUCUCAUCGACGAGGCCGCUGCUGCUGUCAGAGUGACCCGCGAGUCGCAACCGGAAGCCAUCGACAACCUCGAGCGCAAACUUCGGCAGUUGGAAAUCGAGAUCCACGCCCUAGGCCGCGAGAAGGAUGAAGCGGCGAAAGCUCGUCUGGCUGAUGCGAAACUUGAGGCCAAGAACGUGCUCGAAGAGCUCGAACCUCUUCGUGCCAAAUACACGAAAGAAAAAGGGCGCGCGGAUGAGAUCCACCAAGCCAAGUUACGACUCGAAGAGCUGGAACGGAAGAUGGAACGAGCGGAGAACUUGCGCGACCUGGCUCAGGCUUCGGAUUUGAAAUACGGAGCCAUCCCUGACCUCAAGGCCCGGAUCGCAACGCUUGAGAAUGAGAAGUUGAAAGCCGAGGCGGAGAUGAUGAGCCAUCGUGGCACAGGAGGAGGGGAGCCACUCCUGGCCGAUGCCGUUGGGCCGGAGCAGAUCAACGAGAUCGUCGCUCGCUGGACCGGCAUCCCCGUCACCCGACUCAAGACGACGGAGAAGGAGAAGCUGCUCCACAUGGAACAAGUUCUCGGCCGCAUCGUUGUCGGCCAGCCCGAAGCCGUCAAAUCAGUUUCGAACGCCAUCCGACUGCAGCGAUCCGGCCUCGCUAACCCGAACCAACCCCCCUCUUUCCUCUUCUGCGGCCCCUCCGGAACCGGUAAGACGCUCCUCACCAAAGCUCUCGCCGAAUUCCUCUUCGACGAUCCCAAGUCCAUGAUCCGCUUCGACAUGUCCGAGUACCAAGAACGGCACUCCCUGUCCCGCAUGAUCGGCGCGCCCCCUGGCUACGUCGGCCACGACGCCGGCGGCCAACUCACGGAAGCCCUCCGCCGCCGCCCCUUCUCCAUCCUCCUCUUCGACGAGGUCGAGAAAGCCGCCAAGGAAGUCCUCACCGUCCUCCUCCAGCUCAUGGACGACGGUCGCAUCACCGACGGUCAAGGCCGCGUCGUCGACGCCAAGAACUGCAUCGUCGUCAUGACCUCCAACCUCGGCGCCGAGUUCCUCGCUCGCCCCAGCCGCCCUGACGGGAAAAUCGACCCCACCACCAAAGAGCUCGUCAUGGGCGCCCUGCGGAACUACUUCCUCCCGGAGUUUCUCAACCGCAUCUCUAGCACCGUCAUCUUCAACCGCCUCACGAAGCGCGAGAUCCGCAAGAUCGUCGACGUCCGCCUCGUCGAAAUCCAGAAGCGCCUCGCGGCGAAUGGCCGCAACGUGCAGAUCGACCUCAACACCGAGGUGCGCGACUACCUCGGGUCCGCGGGCUACUCACCCGCGUACGGCGCGCGGCCACUGGCGCGGCUGAUCGAGAAGGAGAUCCUGAACCGGCUUGCGGUGCUGAUCCUGCGCGGAAGCAUCCGCGACGGGGAGACAGCGCAGGUGGUCUUGGAGAAUGGGCACAUUCACGUGGUACCGAACCAUGGGAUGGGGGAGAGCGAUGUGGAUUCAGAUAUGAUUGAUGAGGAUGAGGCGAUGGAUGAGUUGGAGGCGGAGGCGGAGGAUGGGGAUGGGGAUAAGGGGAUGGAACUUUAUGAUUAGAUGCGGGGAUGGAUGGAUAUAGCGGACUACGAUUGAUGAUGAUACAGCAAAAGUAUAUAUGGGCGUUGGGAAUUGGGUAGAGCGGCAGAGUUUUCAGUUUGUGGAUUUUAGCGGUCUAGAUGGACGAAUAUCAAUGCAAUGUUAGUUUUCAGUCAUGA